AAUAGCUUACAACUGCAAUCGAUCAGUGCAACUUAGCAAGCCGAAAGCGAACAAUGUCUACCGCAAUUGUUAUAUUCUUAACAAUUAUUGCAAAUAUCUGUGAACCUCAAAUUUGUUAUGAGGCACAGAAGUUCUCCUACCUAAGCUACGGCUUCAAUGAGAUAAUACUAGAGAGCUGCGAAGCAAAUAUGGAUCAGGACACAUUUAAUGCCAAUAGAUACUUCUAUGAGGUAUCAUCUUCACAAAAUGAUUCUGAACAUUCUGCGGAAUCCAUCUGCAAUACGAACAGUGUCGAAGAAACAUACAAUGAAGGUGAAAGCGAGGAAACAACUGAUGAGAAAAAGAAAGGAGGAGAUCCCGGUUUCAUUCUGUUUUUGAUGUUACUUGUAGUUAUUAUCGGUGCCUCUGAUAAUGGCAGACGCCGCAGGUAGAGAUGAGGUUAUUAGAGAACUCUUUAUGUCGGUGUACAAUAAAUAAACAUACAUGUACAUACAUUUAUAAAUAUGCAGAAGUGUGUUAACCGAAAGUAUUUUCAUCCAAUUUAUAUGCAUUACUUAAAAAGCCGAAUAUCUCGAGAAGUAUUGCAUGUUAGCGAUUUUGAUUUUUUGUAGCAAAUAAAAUUCCCUACAAGUUUGCCAUGUACAUUU